CCGCCCGCCUCUCCACUUGUCCCUAUCCAUCCACCCAUCCCCCGUCACCUACCUCACUCAUCACCACCCAAAACCCUAAACCCCAUUCCGUACCUCGCCGCCGCCGCCGCCGCCGCGAUGCAGUCCCUGGCGCUCACCUCCCCCUCCCUCCCGGCGGCCGGCCCGGUCCCCGGCCGCCGCCGCCUCCAGCGCGUCCGCGCCACCGCCGUCUCCGACGAGCCCAAGCUCAACAAGUACAGCGCGCGCAUCACCGAGCCCAAGUCGCAGGGCGCCUCGCAGGCCGUGCUCUACGGCGUCGGCCUCACCGACGCCGACCUCCGCAAGCCGCAGGUCGGGGUCUCCUCCGUGUGGUACGAGGGGAACACCUGCAACAUGCACCUGCUCCGCCUCGCCGAGGCCGUCCGCGACGGCGUCCGCGAGGCCGGCAUGGUCGGGUUCCGAUUCAACACCGUCGGGGUCAGCGACGCCAUCUCCAUGGGCACCCGGGGCAUGUGCUACAGCCUCCAGUCGCGCGACCUCAUCGCAGACAGCAUCGAGACCGUCAUGGGCGCGCAGCACUACGACGCCAACAUCUCCAUCCCCGGAUGCGACAAGAACAUGCCAGGUACGAUAAUGGCGAUGGGACGGCUUAAUCGGCCUAGUAUCAUGAUAUAUGGCGGAACUAUUAAGCCUGGUCACUUUCAGGGCAAUUCUUAUGACAUAGUAUCUGCUUUCCAGUGCUACGGAGAAUAUGUCAGUGGAUCAAUCAAUGAUGAGCAAAGAAAGAAUGUGCUUCGCAAUUCAUGUCCAGGUGCAGGUGCAUGUGGUGGUAUGUACACAGCUAACACAAUGGCAUCGGCUAUCGAGACCAUGGGCAUGAGCCUUCCAUACAGUUCUUCGACUCCUGCUGAAGACCCUCUAAAGCUGGAGGAAUGCCGCCUUGCUGGGAAGUAUCUUUUAGAAUUGCUAAAGAUGGACUUGAAGCCUAGGGACAUUAUCACCGAGAAGUCAUUGCGGAAUGCAAUGGUUAUUGUCAUGGCUCUUGGUGGGUCAACUAAUGCUGUACUGCAUUUGAUUGCCAUUGCUCGGUCUGUUGGUCUGCAUUUGACUCUUGAUGAUUUUCAGAAGGUCAGUGACCAAGUUCCUUUCCUUGCGGACCUCAAGCCCAGUGGCAAAUAUGUCAUGGAGGAUUUGCAUAAGAUUGGUGGGACACCGGCAGUAAUUCAUUAUCUUCUGGAGCAAGGUCUUCUUGACGGGGAUUGCAUGACUGUCACUGGGAAAACUCUAGCUGAAAAUGCUAAAAUCUUCCCUCCUCUGUCUGAAGGGCAGCAAAUUAUUCGGCCGCUGGACAAUCCUAUCAAAUCAACUGGCCAUAUACAAAUACUUUAUGGCAAUCUUGCACCAGAAGGCUCUGUAGCAAAAAUCACUGGCAAAGAGGGACUGUUUUUCUCAGGCCCAGCUUUAGUUUUUGAGGGUGAAGAAGCCAUGAUAACAGCUAUCUCAGAAAACCCUGCAAACUUUAAGGGAAAAGUAGUAGUGAUCCGUGGAGAAGGACCAAAAGGUGGGCCAGGGAUGCCUGAAAUGUUGACCCCAACAAGUGCAAUAAUGGGUGCUGGUCUUGGAAAGGAGUGCGCCCUGCUGACGGAUGGUAGAUUUUCUGGAGGGUCACAUGGAUUUGUUGUUGGCCACAUAUGCCCCGAAGCACAGGAAGGUGGCCCGAUUGGUCUUGUCCAGAACGGUGAUGUGAUAACCAUUGAUGUUGUUAAGAGGGUAAUUGAUGUCGACCUGGCCGAAGCCCAGCUGGAAGAAAGACGGAGAAAAUGGAGCCCACCAUCAUACAAGGCCACCCGUGGAGCCCUUUGGAAGUACAUAAAGCUCGUGGCCCCGGCAUCGAGAGGAUGCGUCACCGAUGAGUAGGGUGUGUUCCAUGGUGGUUUUAGGUUGUGCACAUCAUGUGUUGCCAGGCAAAGACUGAUUAUGCCAGGAACAAUAUUCCUGUGAGUGAUUCAUGGUGGCUAGUGUGGUAGUCUUAACAAUAAAACGUCAGUUUCCAAGAGGCUGGCAAUGCUGCGGAAGCUGCUGAAUAAUGUGAGUGUUCUUGGUUUGUUGGAGGCAGCUAGUGGGUAAUUUAGCUUCAUAUCCUUUCUGUACACUGUACUACCUUGUACACAGACACAGAUACAACCAUGUGGAUUGUUCUUGUGUCAGCUACUUGAGCAUCUGAUGCACUGAAAUACUGGCUGAGGCUCUCAAAUCA